UCAUCCUUUCCAUCUCUGGAUUAAAAAGUUGUCCUGAGAUUGAUCGUUUGAUUCUUUUCCUGUCUAAGAAAGAUAUCCGUGAUUUCAAUCUUCAGAUCUCAAGCGAAGAUCAUCGCCGCCAUAAGUUGCCUUCAUACCUUUUCUCAUGCUUGAAACUAUGAUACCUGAAACUACGUUCAUGUAUAUUCAAACCUCCACCAUCAUUUAAAGGGUUUAGCAAGCUCAUUAGUCUUGAGUUUCGUGAAGUCCACUUUGAUGCUGAUUUCUUAAAAGAUUUUUUCACCAAUUGUCCGCUACUUGAAAAACUGGUGUUGGAUCGCUAUGUGGAAAUUUCCUGCCUCGAAAUCAAUGCUCCCAAUCUGAAAUUGCUACACUACAUUGGCGUUUACGAAUGUAUCUAUUUCAAAAAUGCUCCUCGGCUAGCAGAACUUUCAGUUUAUCAGACACCGGUUGCAGAACUAGACAACGAGACAAGGAAUCACUCGAGUUUGAUUGAGGUUUUUAGUUCUUUGCCUGCUAUAGAGUACCUGAGUGUCGAUUAAUACUUUUUGGAGGUAACAUAGGUUUAUGCCCUUUAUUUUAUGUAUUUCUUUAGCAGGGAAUUUUUGUUAACUCUUUAUUUUGGUGGUUGUUUCAAGGACCUUGCUGUUCCUGAUUCAUCAGUGACGCUUCAAGCUUCUUUAACCAAUCUAAAGUUUCUAGAGAUAAACGAUUUGUGUUAUGCAGAGGUGGAGGAGGUCUCAUGUGCGCUUUGCUUGAUUAGAAGCUCUCCUAACCUGCAAAAACUUCUUAUUACGGUGUUCUGCAGCCGCAAUGUUAGCACUAAUCCUUUCCUUCAACUUUCGGAGCGGGAUGGCUUCUUGGAUUUUUCCUUGAAUCAACUCCAGGAAGUAAAAUUACAACGCUUCAUUGGCACCUUGCCCGAAAUGGAGUUUGUUAGGCUUUUGUUAGCCAAAUCAUCUGCACUCAAGGUGAUGCAUAUUCAGCCUCCCUCCAAAAUGGUUGCCGGUGAACAGCUCAAGAUUUUAAAGGAGAUAAUUCGAUUUAAACGCGCAUCACCAGAAGCAGAAAUCACUUGCGAUGAUUUCAGUGAGGAUGUGGUUUAGCACUAUCCUAUUUUUAAAAUAUAUGUGAUGCCCCUGGAUCUACGUAGUCUUCAGAGUUGAUGUUUCUAAGUUGCUGGUUACUUGCAGAGUGCGAUUGUGAACCACUCGUUUUUAAUGGGGGUUACUCGAAUAUAUUGUAUGAUAAAUUUGUAAGAGAUGCUUCCAUGUUGCUUUACAUCUGGAAAGGACUCAUUCAAGAUUUGAAGGCGAUGUCAUGUAGCUAAAUUUAUUACAAGACAAUGACAGGAGACUAAAAUUC